UUCACUUAUAAAGGACCUGGCCAAGGAAGCAAUAGUGCCUGAAGUGGCCAAAUUUCUGACGGAUAUGAUAGAAAAAUGGUGUGCCGACCAAUUCAUGACACGUGUCCCAAAACUAGUAAAACGAGCUGUAUUCGACCUGUUGAGGUCUCUAAUCGAGAAGGUGCUCAUCUAUGUACUGGAAAAGGAAUAUUCCUUUCCUUACAAGCUGCGGAAAAUCUUCAGAAACAUCUCAUAUUUCCUGAAGAAAAUGAUGUAUGGACAAGCAGCACAGGAGGAAGAGGGUAAUCCGGAUGAAUUUCCUGACCUACUCGGCUGCUGCGAUUAAACAACCACCAGGAAAUUUUGACGACACUGUUCUCCUGAGCUCCUCCCUUUCCUCCGGGAACAAAAACAUUGAAACUACAAAAAUAAAGUGUUAUUUGGCUGGAGUGAGGUCCCAUGUCUGUUUAUGCGGUGGCUCACUGCUCAGGAUGGGUGUGUUUGUUCUCUUGCAUCAAGAGACCACCAGAGAAGUGGUGCAAUUACCUUCCUGUGAAGAAUCAUUGACCAUCAUCUGCAAGAGGAUUCCGUAUUGGCCCAGUGUGUGUCUGGAAAUGUCAUCGGUGGCCAGGAGUAGUGGCUCAUGCCUGUAAUCCCAGCACUUUGGGAGACCAAAACGGGUGGAUCACGAGGUCAAGAGAUGAAGACCAGCCUGUUCACGAUGGUGAAAACCCAACUCUACUAAAAAUACAAAAAUUACCCUGGCGUGGUGGUGUGCGCCUGUAAUCCCAGCUACUCAGGAGGCUGAGGCAAAGAAUUAUUUGAAACCGGGAGGCAGAGGCAAAGAAUUAUUUGAACCCCGGUGGCAGAGGUUGCAGUGAGCUGAGUUCGCACCACUGCACUCCUGCCUGGUGACAGAGGGAAACUCUAUCUCAAAACAAAACAAAAAAAGACAAAAAAUGAAAAAGGAAGAAAUGUCAUCUGAGAGCUAGAGCCUGGUGUCAGGAUAAGAGUGGCCACAUAAAACCAGUGUCAAGAGGUCCUUCACAUCCCUUGUAAGUUGGAUUCCUAGCCAUUUUUUUCUCUUUGAAGCAAUUGUGAAUGGGAGUUCACUCAUGAUUUGACUCUCUGUUUGUCUGUUAUUGGUGUAUAAGAAUGCUUGUGAUUUCUGCCCAUUGAUUUUGUAUCCUGAGACUUUGCUGAAGUUGCUUAUGAGCUUGCGGAGAUUUUGAGCUGAGACGAUGGGGUUUUCUAAAUAUACAAUCAUGUCAUCUCCAAACAGGGACACUUUGAAUUCCUCUUUGCCUAACUGAAUACCUUUAUUUCUUUCUCUUGCCUGAUUGCCCUGACCAGAAAUUCCAACACUAUGUUGAAUAGGAGUGGAGAGAGAGGGCCUCCCUGUCUUGUGCCAGUUUUCAAAGGGAAUACUUCCAGUUUUGGCCCAUUCAGUAUGGUAUUCUCUGUGGGUUUCUCAUAAAUAGCUCCUAUAUUUUGAGAUACGUUCCAUCAAUACCUAGUUUUUUGAGAGUUUUUAGUAUGAAGUUCUGUUGAAUUUUGUCAAAGU